UUCGGUCUUGGGUUUGGAAGUCCGUGUGUUUGUCGGUUUAGGGUUUUAUCUGUAGUAAUACGUUUAAAUUACGCAUUUUUCAGGAUGACUGGUAUAGAUCUUCCCGUUUCGAAGGUUGUUGUUCAUCCUCUGGUACUUUUGAGCGUCGUAGAUCAUUUCAAUCGUAUGGGAAAGAUCGGUCACCAAGAAAGAGUUGUGGGGAUCCUGCUUGGCUCUUGGAAGGAGAAAGGCGUCCUAGAUGUUUCCAAUGGCUUUGCGGUACCUUUUGAUGAAGAUGAGAAGGAUAAAUCGGUGUGGUUUCUGGACCAUGACUACCUGGAGAACAUGUACGCAAUGUUCAAGAAGGUUAACGCUCGUGAGCGGAUUGUUGGAUGGUAUCACACAGGCCCCAACCUUCACCCCAGUGACAUCCCAAUUAAUGAGCUGAUCAGGAGAUAUUGCAGUAAUUCUGUACUCGUUAUUAUCGAUGCUCAACUCUUGUCCAUUGGCCUGCCAACUGAAGCUUAUAUUGCAGUUGAAGAAAUACACGAUGACGGCACACCAACAACCAAGACCUUUGAGCAUGUGCCCAGUGAAAUUGGAGCUGAGGAAGCUGAAGAGGUCGGUGUGGAACAUUUGCUCAGGGAUAUUAAGGAUACCACUCUCGGCACACUUUCCCAGAGGAUAACCAACCAACUUAUGGGUCUCAAGGGGCUUCAGGGACAGGUACACCACAUACAGGAGUACUUAGAACAAGUGGUAGCAGGUAACCUUCCUGUGAAUCAUACAAUCAUCUAUCAGCUGCAAGACAUCUUCAAUCUCCUACCAGAUGUUGGUCUUUCUGAGUUUGUCAAGUCACUUUACAUCAAAACAAAUGACCAGAUGCUGGUUGUGUACCUGGCCUCUCUUGUGCGGUGUGUUGUUGCUCUCCACAACCUGAUCAACAACAAAAUUGCCAAUCGUGAUGCAGAAAAAAAGGAGACAACAUCGAGCAAGAAAGAGGAAGUGAAGGACAAGAAAAUGGAUGAGACUAAAAAGAAGGAGGUGAAGGGUUAAGUCCUUUGUAGUGGUACAUGCUUUCACUUGUAUUAAAGUUUACUCCUUUUUGUC